CUCGCGCAGCGAAUUCAAACGGCGGUGCGGCCGUUGGGCGGGGAGGGCGGUGGCCGCCCCGGUGGGGCUGCGCCCGGAGAUCAUGGAGGGGCGGCCGGUGGCCCCGGCGCCCUACCGCGCCACCAGGCUGUGGAAUGAAGUUACAAAAUAUUUUCGAGCGGGCAUGCCGUUAAGGAAACACAGGCAGCAUUUCAAAAAGCAUGGAAGAUGUUUUACUGCCUCAGAAGCUGUAGACUGGCUCCAUGAAGUAUUGAGGAGUAACAGUAACUUUGGUCCUGAAGUUACCAGGCAGCAGACUGUUCAGUUAUUACGAAAGUUUCUCAAGAAUCACGUAAUUGAAGAUAUAAAAGGGAGAUGGGGAUCUGAAAAUUUAGAAGAUAAUGGCGCGCUAUACAGAUUUCCUUCAACGUCCCCAGUUAAACCUCUACCAAGCUCAUGUCCACCAAAAGAGAACUUGGAAAACUUCUCUAGAGACAAAGAAAGACUUUUUAAGCUGCCGCAUUUAUCCAGGACGACUUCUAAAAGACAUGAGUUACUACAAUCUCUGGAAAAUUUAGAAAAACCAAACCCAAGUAUAAUGGAGGAAAGCAAGGAAGACACACUGCAUAGGAAUGAAAUAAGCCAGGAAUACGUGCAAGAAACUUGGAGGAAUAUCAUUCUAAUACAUUUGCAGACCAUCUUAGGCCUCCCAUCUUUGGAAGAAGUUUUGCAGCCAAGGCAGAUAGUUCCUGAGUACGUCAUAUACAACAUGACUAACACGAGCAAACAUGGUGUUGUUAUUUUACAGGACAAAUCAGAAGACCUCCCUCACUGGGUGUUGUCAGCUAUGAAAUGCCUGGCCUACUGGCCUAGAAAUAAUGACAUGAGCCAACCAACUUACAGUGGGUUUGAACGGGAUGUUUUCAGAACAGUUGCCGAUUACUUUCUCAGUCUCCCUGAACCAUUACUUACUUUUGAAUACUAUGAACUUUUUGUUAAUAUUUUAGUUAUAUGUGGCUACAUCACAAUUCCAGAUAUAUGCAGUGGAAAACAUUCUGUCCAAGAUGAGAAAUGUGACCCACAACCUUCAAAAAUUCUUCACUUGAACUCUUUCAAGUCAACUGAGUGUCUUCUUCUAAGCCUACUUCGCAAAGAGCCUGACAAAAACCAGACAGAAUAUGACGCUUCCAGGAAGUCUUCUUCAGAAGAGUUAACUUUUCAAAAACAAUUUGUAAAGAAAUUGCAGCAACGCAAUUUGACGCGUGAACGAGGUAGCGCUGAUAAUCAGAUAGGAGGAAGCUGUCAAAAUCUUUCAGGUUUCAGGAAUGAACAAGACCCACCUCAAACAUUUAGGAUGAGAUGUUACUCUCUGGAAACAGUUGGAGACACUACUUCAAAUGUAUAUAAUAAAGGAGAAUCCAGUUGCCUCAGGCAAAGUGAUGUGAACACCAUCCUGGGCACAAGAAAUGGAAAACAAUCAGUACCGUACGAACAUAAAGCUGAUUCUGUAUUGGAGCUUGGUUUUGAUAAAGCACGUCAAACCCAAGCCCAUGGUAUCAAGAGAGCUUCUGCCUCAACUCUUCAGGAUAAAGAGCUGUUUAAUGAAAAUUGCAGGUUGAAGCAAAUACGCAGGUCGCUGAGUUUACUUGGCAAGAGGAACUCGAAAAGUUGUUCUAGUAUCAAUGUACCAGUUGCUGAAAUCACAGUAAAGCCACAGCCUCGACUUUGUGGGUCAGGAAAACCAAACACCUCUGGUGUGGUUUCUUCGGUGGACAUCAAGACUGAGGGUUCUGAUCUCACCAUCAGUAAGAGACUCAGCAAAAGUACCGUAGAACUCUCAGAAUGCUCUUUCCCUCGCUCUUCUUGUGUGUUGAGUGGCACGCAAAAUCUGCUUCAGCCUCAUUUAGAGAGAAUUGCUGUCGAAGCACUACAGAUCUGUUGUUUGUUGCUUCCACCACCGAAUCGUAGGAAGAUGCAGCUCCUCAUGCGGAUGAUCUCUCGCAUCAGCGAAAACGUCGAUAUGCCACGGCUGCACGAUGCCAUGGGCACGCGUUCCUUGAUGAUACAGACCUUCUCUCGGUGCGUGCUGUGCUGCGCAGAAGAAGUAGAUCUUGAUGAGCUGCUUUCUACGCGAUUAGUUUCCUUUCUGAUGGACCACCAACAGGAAAUAUUUAAGGUGCCAACUUACCUGCAGGUCGCGGUGCGAGAUCACAUAGAAUACAUGAAGAUGGCUCAGUGCAAAUACCCAAAGGAUGAAAUUUGUGCCAUAUUGCCAACAUACUCAUACUGCAAACAAAUAACCCCUCAGGAGUUUGAAGAACAAAAAGUUUCUACCUCUCAAGCUGCGGUGGCAGAGCUCUUGGAGAACAUCAUCAAAGAUAAGAACUUGUCUGUGAAAGACAAAAAGAAGAAGUUAAAACAGUUUCAGAAGGAAUACCCUCUGAUCUACCAGAACAGAUUCCCAACUACAGAAAACGAAGCAGUGCUAUUUGAGAACAAACCUACCAUCAAACAACCCAUGCUCAGCCUAAGAAAACCCAGAUUUCGUAGCCUGAGAUAUUAACUUAACCCCACUUCAGCCACUUAUUUAUUGGAUGGGUAAUGGAUUUACCAAAGGGCACUUGCUUCAGAAGUUUGGUGGUGCCUAUGUGUGCAGAAGGAAGAAAUGUUUACAAGGACACUAUGUUGAAAGGUGCCAAAAUAAGUUGGUGUUUGUGUGUGUGUGUGCAGGUAACUUUUAAAUGACUGCUAAGAGAGAAAUAAAUAUUUAUCUGUUUACAAGUUAUUCCAAUGUAUUGUAUUUGGAAAAUAAAUGUGAAAAUAAGCAUGAAGCUAUUAUAACCAAAAAUCUAUAUAUAAUUUUCAUAUGGGAAACUAAUGAUAUGCAUAUUGUUGUAACUUCUCUAAUGUCUCUAAUUCAGGAAUUUGUGCCAUUUAUUAAGAGUUUGCAUUGUUUAAAUGUCCGUAUGUUGUGUAUAAGUGCCUUCCUCAAAAUAUUUGUCUUUAAACAAAACAAUGGGACUAAUUUAAGAGGUGAUUCUGUCUCCAAGGGAGCCAGAAUUCACCAUAAAUAAAUGAUUAUCUGACUCUGUAAAA